AUGAGAUUUCCAUUUUCACCCUCUUGGCACCUGGUUACUCUGCUCUCAAUUCUCCAACUUGUCACCGUCAAGGCCUUCAGCCAUGCCACUUGCAACCAUAACGCCACCUCGCUCGAUCUUGGGGUUCUACCAGCUUUCUUUCAGCCCCUGCUCCCUCCCGAAGGACUCCUGGGCCUUUGGGUGAAGGUGAAGCCCUUGAACUCCUGUCAUCACGUCCAAGGGCCAGCACCAUCCUCCUCCGUCUUCGUGGUCCUCUUCCACCAGCACAACUGCUCCUUCUCCAAGAAGAUCCUUCACGCCCAACAAGUUGGCUCCCACGCCGCCGUUGUGCACAACGUGAGUUCCCAAAUGCUGGUGAACGUGGUGAGCGCGCCGGGCACCAAGUGGCACCUUCACAUCCCCGCCGUGUUCUCCGCAGAAGAGACAGCAAAGAUCCUCAAACAUCUGCACCGCUCGGGACGAUCCAUGGUCGCCAUCCCGAUGCGUGAACAUUUUCAUUUCGCCUGGAAAGUGGCUUCUGGGAAUUCCCGUCUUGAGGUCAGAAAUUCCUGCCGAUGUCUCCUGAAGCCGGCCGGCUUUUGUUGCCAGAUUGCCAUGUUCUACACCUGUUGGAUCGUCUGCCUUACCGUGUCGGCCACUUUUGUUGCCAUGAUGCUGACGGAGCACUAUCUAUCCCAGAGCAAGAGAAAGAGAAGUAGGAGGAGCUGCCUUCUCCAAGAACCUGAGAAGGAAUCUGUCCGUGUUUCGUUGACUGGCUCCAAAUACCAGGAAUGUGCCAUUUGCUUGGAUCGGUACCUGCAGUACGAUGGUGUGAAGGUGCUCUCGUGUUCCCACGCCUUUCACAGCAGAUGCAUUGACCUCUGGCACAUCACCCAAGCCAGAAACAAAACCUGUCCUCUCUGCAUGCAGAAAGUGAUGGUGGUCACCCAUCUGAUGGCGAUGAGGUUGUGGCAACAGGAGAAAUCAGUGGGACGUUGCGAGCUGACCGAGAACAAGCCGUAUCCAACCUGCAACCACGUUCCCUGUUGGCAGAAACACGUCGCUCCCGUCGCUGAAAAUUAA